AUGAAGCCUCCACUUUCUUUCUUGCCGUCUUGAUCGAUCGGUAGCCACCCACCCUCCUACCAGCGCCGCCGCCCGCAGCACAAACCCCAGCCGCCAUGCCAUCCUCCUCCGGGACCUCGGAAUCCUGGUCGCCGGACGACCACCUCGACGAACCCACCCGCGACCGAGCUCCCCGCACCGCCGACGCCGACGGAGGCGACGACGACCACGACGACGUCUCGGCCGAGCGGGUCACCUCGCGGCUGCGCAGGCCAGGAGCCCUGAAGGCCCUCUGCAAGAGGUACUCCAUCCCCGACGGCUUCGCCCCGGUCCUCGCCGGCGACCGCUCCUCGUGCUCCACGCCGCCGCCGGGGUCCGUCUGCGUGUACCUCGACGCGCUGGACGCCGGGAUGCGCCUGCCCCUCCACCCCUUCUUCGCCGCGGUGCUCAACCACUUCGGGCUCGCCCCGGGCCAGCUCUCGCCCAACGGCUGGCGCGCCAUGGCGGGCUUCGUGGCCCUCUCCCGCUCCGCCGGCGUGGACCCGUCGCUCGCCGUGUUCCGGCACUUCUUCGCGCUCUGCCCGUUCCCGCCGCACGGCUUCUACACCCUCCGCGGCAAGGACGCCGACGGCCUGCUCUUCGCCCGGAUUCGCGCCAAGUUUGUCAAGGGGUGGAAGGAGGAUUUCUUCUUCCUGGAGUCGUCGGCGCCGUGGCCGUGCCCGGUGGAGUGGGGCGAGCCUUCCAGGUCCUCCACCUUCGAUCCGUCGCUCACCGUGCAGGAGAAGGCCGUGGCGGACAGCCUGCUGCGUGCUCGAGGGAGUUCCCCGAUCGACCUCUUCGCGUAUCUCCACCACCGCAACAUGGCCGCGGCCAACAUCACCGGGGUGUCGUCUCCGCCGCCAACUCGUAAAGGUGAACCCUCCAGGCUCCAGCAUUGCUCAACCGCGCCUGUGCAUGUCGCCAUGGAGGAAGCCGCGGCCGCGCGCGCGUCGGCAGGGAAGGUGACGGUGAAGAGCGAGCCUGGCUGCAAGUUCCCCUCUUGCCCGCCGGGCUUCUCCGCUCCCUGCAAGUCGCCGCCCACGACAAGCAAAGAUGGUGACUGGAAGGCGGCGAGGCGGCUGCUGCAGGGCACCGUGACGCCGUCGCGGGAGCGCGAGCUCGCCGCGUCCAAGCCGGCCGACGUUGUCGCCUCAACCUACGUGUCACUGCUCCAGACGGCGAACGAGGUGGCCUUCUCGCUGGGCUACGCUCUGGAGCUGGAGGACAAGCUGAGGGCGCGCGAGCGCAAGGCGGACGCGCUCCAGGGGGAGCUGCACAGGAAGCUGAAGGCGCGGGAGACCGAGGCGGAGGCGCUGCGGGCGGAGCUGCGCAGGGCCAAGGCCGAGCUCGACGAGACGACCAAGGCGGCGGUGGCGCGGGAGGAGCUGUGCAGGAAAACGAAGGCGCGGGAGCGCGACACCGCCGAGGCGGACGCGCUGCGGGCGGAGCUGCGCAAGGCGAAGGCCGUGCUCGCCGAGGCCAAGGCGGACGCGGGGAUCGCGGCGGCGGCGGCGCGCGGGCUCAGGGAGGAGCUGGACAGGAAGCAGAAGGCGCGGGAGCGGGACGCCGGCGAGUCGGACGCGCUGCGGGCGGAGCUGCAACAGGCGAAGGCCGAGCUCGCCGCGACCAAGGCGGAGGCCGAGAGGGCGGCGGCGGCGCGGUGGUUCUGGGCGUCGAGCAGGGAGCACGCGCGCGCGCUGGCGGAGCGGGAGCUGCGGGGGUACGAGCGCGGCCUGGAGGACAUGAGGCGCGCCGCGCUCCGUCGCUACCCGUACCUGGACCCGUCGCUGCUCUUCGUGCCGGUCCGCGGCCCCCCGUAGCGCAGCCGGCGACCGCCUGAUCGCCAUGCCUGCCCGAUGCACACGUCGAUCCAUCUGCAAUUAUCUGCAUGUUUCUGGGAUGCGCUGCUGAUCUUUCACCUCGGACUGUCUGGGACUGCAUUUCCCACCUUCGUUUCAGAAUUCAAAUGGAACUACUUUGCGUGAGAUGUUGCAUCAGAGAAUGAAUAUCUACAUACUAGUAGAUCGUUAGGGAUAUUACGAUCCAUAAAAAAUGUUGAGAGAC